CAACAACAACAGCAGUUGUGUGUGGUGGCAAAGAUGCAAAAGUCUGUGACAAUAACGGUAACUCCACAACGCAGCAAUUCCAUGGAUUAUUUAAAUUUCGAAGAGAAGCGUCAGCUGAUCGCUUCGUCGUUGUCACUUUCGGAUAUUUUGCAUUGUAAUCAGCCGGGAAAUGUUGCCGAGAACAAAGAUCAAUUAAUUGCUAAAAAACAAAACGGUGCUGCAUUGCGUACAAAUAGUUUAGGUUCUGGUACACGCACACCACCCUUGGAGCGUAAAAGCAAAUUAAGUGCUUUGGGUCGUUUCUUCAAGCCGUGGAAAUGGCGGCGGAAAAAGAAAAGCGAAAAGUUCGAAGCUGCAUCAAAGUCCCUUGAACGCAAAAUAUCAGUACGUGCCAAUCGUGAAGAACUUGUUCAAAAAGGUAUUUUAUUGCCCGAAAGUCCACUGGGGAAUAUUCAAGAACCAGGUGAGGAAUCUUAUUACAAUGAUUCAAGUGCCGUUAAUAAUUCAGCAGUGAAUGCGAAUGGCUCGAUUUUAUCAUCGACCGUCCAAAAUAAUUCCAUUUUAGCCAAUGCCUCAGCGGGCAAUGGCGGCAGUAGUAGUAUUAAUGCUGCUUCACAGCAGCAGCAACAACAGCCGCAAUCACAGCAACAACAAACACCGCAAACACCGUCGCACCAACAGCAAAUGGCCAAUUCGUUGUCCCCGUUACAACAAUAUCAGGCCAAUCUAAUGCUUAACGGUGUUGGUGGUAGUAGUAGUGGUAACAGCGCCAGUGGUAGUAGUAGUAACGCAACUACCAUGCCACAUUCCACCAACAACGGUAAUGCCUCCGGUGGCAUAACUCCCACACUUAGUAGUGGUGCAGCGACACACAUCACAAACAAUACAAAUUCCGGUGGUAGUGCAACAGCAGACGCAUCGUCCAGUGGCAGUGCUGCAGCACACUCAUCGCCGUCGUUGGGUGUUGUACAGCCUCCACCACCCUUGACACCAUUGGCCCAGCAUCAUCAAGCGUUGGCGCAACAGUUGCAACAACGAUUUGCCAUCAGCAAUAAUAACGUACUGUGUGAUAGUUAUAUUGGUAAAUAA